AUGUCCACGGCGGCGGCGCGCGCGCUCGCGGCAGUCGUCGAUGCAGAACGGAGCGUGACGAACGUGGCGAAAGGGCGGGUGUUGAACCGAAUGGAGGAAUACGUCGACGUCGAGCGUCGCGAAGACGGCGAAGACGCGAGCGCGUUGGAGGUGGCGCCGAUUACCGUGUACGAGACAAAAUACGUCGAGGCGCAGUUGCGAAUGAUCGCCGUGAACGAUGCUUUCAUAUGUUACGGUAUUCGAAACGGGUUGAUUCGAGUGUUUUCUAGAAAGUCUGGCAAUGUGCGAUCGUUGCUUCGCGGACACUCCGAUUCAAUCUCGACGCUCAAGUUUUUGGCGAACACCGACGUGUUGCUCUCGGUGGACGUGCGAGGACGGGUGAUGGUUCGCAAGUUGAGUUUACAAGGCGCCGACGAUGGGGCCUCGAUCGAUGUGAGCGACGAUAACGAUGCGGGAUGGACGAUCGGUUCGCAGAAUUUGGUAGACUUCGACUUCGCAGUGGACACCCCGGACGGGCACCUGCCGCCGUCGGCGUGCUGGCUCCCGCUAGAUUCGCGAAAACCCGGCAAGUGUGAAUUCGCCCUGAGCGCGGGGACGUGCGUGGUGUGCUACGAGUGCUCGCUGAUGAAGAAAGGGGAUGCAAUUGCGGCUGAGAUCGAUCUCAACGCCCCGCCAGCCAUGGAUGGUUUACAGGUGAUCGAGUUUGAUGCCCCGGUGUCUUGCGUGGACAGCGCCCCCGCGGGUCGCAAGCUCGUCGCCGCGAGCGAGGGCCGUGCGUACGUUUUGGUGAAGGAGGACGGUGAAACGGAGUUUGAGUGCACGGAUACACUUCCAUGGACGGUGGAAACCGCCGUCUUCGCCUCGGCUGAACGCGUAAUUCUGGGUAACGAUAAUAACUCAGAGUUGAUCGUCGUCGACGUGACGCAAGAAACUCCUUUCGCGGUGCAGCGCGUCGUCUUUAAGUCAGACAGUGACAAACUUUUCAACGUAUGCUUGCAGCAUAACCCCGAAACAGGAAUCGUAUUGCUUUCGAACACGCGUAUGAACACGGUGUACGCUUUACACUUCGAGAAGAGCUUUGAUUACAUUGCGCGCUUUGAGGCGUCGCAACCGAUUUUGAGCUUUGACUCCCACGUGAAGUACGAUGGCGACGGCAGUGCGACGAUGCAAUUGUUUUGCUUACAGACGCAAGCGAUUCAAACCUUGUCCAUGCCGGCUGAAGCAUGCAUUCCACCAGACGGAGCUCUCGAGGCGCUCGGCUCGUUGGGUACGCCCAAGACGAAAGGUUCGCUCGAGCACUCAUCUUCAGCCACUCUGCUCACUCCGGAUAUGUUUGGCGGCGCUGAGCUCGCCGGCGACGAGGAGGACGAAGAGGAAGAGCGUGCAGCGGUAGUUCCAUCGAAAAAGGCUGCUGCGGCCCAACCAGCGUCGUCCGAAGAAAGCAUGGGCGAGUCUGGUGCAGAGGAAGAAGAGGGAGAAGAUGAAGAGUUUGAGUCUGCCAACAUGAGUGAGAGCGGCGCUGGUGCGAUUCCCGUCGCCGCCGCGUUCGAUAUGAAGCAGUUGAGAGCGACUAUUCGUAACGAAAUGCGCGAACUUCUGAACGAAGUUCGCGAUGAGCGUCGUCUGGCUGCAGAAGAGCGCAAGGCAGACAUGGAACGCGCUCGUAAGGCGAACGAAACCGCGGCAGCCAACUUGAAGCGAGACGUCACGAAUGCUAUCGCGGCUCUGUUGCAACAACAUUCCGUGGACAAUGCAAAGACUUUGGAAGCUGGCAUCGGACGCGCUCAAUCUGUUGCUGCAACAAGCGCGCAAACUGCGAUGAAGUCCAUCGUCGGUCCAUCCAUUGACGCCGCUGUUCGAGCGCAGAUGGAAACCUCCGUCGUGCCAAAAAUGGAAAUCGCGUGCUCGACGAUGUUUACGCAAGUCAAGCACACGUUUGAACGAGGUAUGGCUGACUUGAACACCGAGCUUCUCGCUGCGAGAGAAUCUGCGGCAAUUUCUCAAGCGACGCCGUUCGUCUCCGGUUUGCGCCAGGCGACGACCGAGGUUCGCCAAGCCGCAACAGCUUUGAUGACCGAUAUCCCAAAUCAAGUCGCGCAAGCCAUGGCGAAGGUCACGGCGCGCGCACCUUCGGGCAUGGGCGCACCUCCCGGGAUGGCCCCAAAGAGCGUGACGCAAGGUAAGACGCUCGCUCAAAUCGAACAGCGCUUGGACCCAACUGUGGAGAUCAGCAAGUUGCUACAGGCAAACCAAAUCGACCGCGCGUUCAAUCUGGCGCUCAGCAUGAGCAAGGUUGAAGUCGUCAUGUGGCUCGUCAACCAAGUUGCGAGUGAUCGAAUCUUUGGCCAAACACCGUGUCCGUUGUCGCAAGGUGUGCUCUUGUCGCUUGUUCAGCAGCUUUCGAGCGAUUUGACGACGCCAGACGCGCCCAAGAAGCUCGAUUGGAUUCGAGAUUCUUGCCUCGCCGUCGAUCCGGCGGAUCCCGUGUUGCGGCAACACAUGCGGCCGGUGCUCAGCACGGUGCACCAGUCGCUCAUGGCUGCGGCCAAUUCACCGACGAGUGCGCCAGAAGUACGCGCGGGGACACGAUUGUGUAUCCACGUCGUGAAUUCCAUGUUAUCUUCUUUGUAA